AUGAUCGUUUUCUUCUUCUUCCUUCUCCUAACCUCCAUCCGUGCUCAAUCACCAACACCUACUGGCUACAGUAACCUCUGUCAGUCCUGUAUGAUUUUCCUGGAGCAACUGCCCGGAUUCAUGGAGAACUACUCGCCGGUGACAGGGAUCGAUGCGACCACCCUCUGCACCUCCCUCGCCCAUCACAUGCCAUCCCUUGGCCAACCUUGCUUCAAACUCUUCGCAGAGUACUGGCCAGCCGGCACCAAUGCAACCACUAUUCAAAUCUGUGACGCUCUUUAUUUCUGUUAA